AUGUGGAGGGAAAUCAGAGACAGAGAAGCGGGCAAAACCAGCCCCAAUUCAUUCAAGAACCGGGUUAAUUCCUUCAGGAUCUCAAAUCUCCAACUCUCUAAUCACAAAGACAUUGUCUCACCUCACAGAGGCUCCGUCAACUCUCUUCAGGUUGAUUUGACAGAGGGGAGAUACUUAUUAUCUGGUGCAUCAGAUGCAUCGGCUUCUGUUUUUGAUAUUCAACGUGCCACGGAUUUUGAAGGAGUAGGAGAAGGAGCUUCUAUUGCUAAGCACAGGUCUUUAUUUUCUAUUGACAAGCAACACCAAAAUGGUCAUAAAUUUGCCAUAACUUCUGCUAUUUGGUAUCCAAUCGACACGGGUCUAUUUGUUACUGGUUCUUACGAUCAUUAUAUUAAAGUUUGGGAUACAAAUUCCACCCAGAUGGUUAUGAAUUUCAAAAUGCCUGGAAAGGUUUAUAGAACUGCAAUGUCUCCUGUGGCAACGACUCAUAUGUUAAUAGCUGCUGGAACUGAAGAUGUUCAAGUUCGACUUUGUGAUAUUGCUUCGGGGGCAUUUGCGCAUACGCUAUCUGGCCAUCGUGAUGGUGUUAUGACAGUGGAAUGGUCUACUUCAAGUGAGUGGAUUUUGGUUACUGGGGGAUGUGAUGGUGCCAUACGAUUUUGGGAUAUCAGACGUGCUGGAUGUUUUCGUGUUUUGGAUCAGUCCCAGUCUCAGCUUGGCAGACGGCCACCUGUGCCUGCACGAUCUGCCAUGAAUAAGGUUAUAACAUCAAAGGCACUAUCAAAAGGCCAAAAUAUCUCUGUAAAGCCAAGGGUGCCUCAAAAGAAAUCUGCUAGCGGGAAUGGAGUAAAGCAUUCACCUCUUGGUCAAAUUCCAGCCAAGGGACCAAUCAAGCAACGAUUGCAUCCAGGGAUGCUGUCAAGUCAGGAUCGGGCCACUGCUCAUUAUGGUGCUGUUACUGGUUUAAAAACAACUGAAGAUGGCAUGCAUCUUCUAAGUGCAGGAUCAGAUUCAAGAAUGAGGUUGUGGGAUGUCGAAUCAGGCUGCAAUACCCUUGUGAACUUUGAAACUGCACGCUUGCAAACUAGCAAGCCAAUUCAGCUGGCCACAACGCAGGAUUCAACCCUUGUAUUUGUUCCAUGCAUGACCUCUGUGAAAGCAUUUGAUGUCUGGUCAGGUAAAACGCAUGUGACAUUUCGUGGCCAUUACGAGUAUGUAAACUGUUGCUGGUUUAGUUCUCAAGAUCAGGAGCUGUACACAGGUGGCAACGAUAGACAAAUUCUAGUCUGGUCUCCGGCCAGAUUGAUUUCCGAUGAGGAUGAGGGUCCAGCUGAGGAUCAGGAUAAUUGGAGCGACUAA